AUGAUGCUGGCUUUAACUCUAUGGAUAAUUCUUCUCUUCCCACCUAUAUGCACCUGGAGAAUUUAUGAAGAUGGCCAUGGAAUUUUUGCGCAUGAUAAAAUAGAGCUCCAGGUAUACGAGAACGCCACCGUUGGGAGUAUUGUGUUGCCUAAUCUUCGCGAGUAUUUGCAUAUCUCUUCUGAUCGACAGGUUCGCCUAGGCCCAGGUGCGUUCAGCUCCUUCUUUUCUCUUGCUAAAAACUACUCAUUGCUCGUGCAGAGUAGUCUGGACUUGGAGUCUGGUGAUUUGUGCCGAGCUGAAGAGUCAUGCUGUCGAGCUGAGGAUAUGGCUAAGGAAGACAAUUACUUGCUCUAUAGCCGCUUUACUCCAUCAUGCAAGAUAAGAGCUGUCGUGCUAGCGGACAAUGGGGAAUCGACGCCUCUUAAACCAAUUGGGCGAAUAGUGGCAAUUAUUCAGGAUCUGAAUGAUCAUGCGCCCGAAUUCAUACUACCAAAAAAUGAUGCCAAUUCUGUAGCUCAACGUAUUCACAUACCAUUUUUUGAAGGUUUUAAAGGGGUUGGUGAAAAGUUUCAGUUGCCAAAAGCCAGAGAUAAAGAUUUUCUUCCGGAAAACUCAAUGCUAACUUACUCAAUAGCCAUGAAAAACUUUAACUCGGUUAACUUUCCAUCCUCGGCACGAAACGAGAUACCAGUGUCUAGUGGCUCUCCAGCAUGGGUGGGGGUGGGUCCUUUUCGGCUUACAUACAAGCUCAAAGAGGACACUUUGACACUUGAAGUGGCAAGAGAACUCGAUCGGGAAUCUCAGUCUGAGUACGAGCUGACCCUUGAAGCUGAGGACGGAGAAGGACAGAAGGCCACCUUAAUUAUCCAAGUUCAUGUUCUUGAUGUGAACGAAUACGAACCGAAGUUUGUUGAUGUAAGGCCAAUUGGUUCCACCGAGGUGUCCAGGGCACUGGAUUACAGCAGACGAGUAGUCAAAAUUUAUGAAAACGCCACAGUUCACUUGCCCUUUAUUCAGGUCAUUGCUGAAGACAGAGAUGCUCCACCAGCUAAUCAAAUUGCAUAUAAAUUCUCACCUAGCUUCCAUCUUAGCGAGGCCGCCUCAGUAUUCUCGAUUGACUCGAACACUGGGAAAAUUAGUUUGGAAAGGCCUCUUGAUUUUGAGGAAAUCAAACGUUACGUGGUAGUUGUGCAAGCAACAGAUGCGAAUUAUGAACUUAAUGUGGGAGAAAAGAAGGUGCUACCGCAUUCACUGCAAAAGGUCACCGAGGCUAUCACAAACAGCAUUAGAAAGGAAUCCAAAACUGCAACAUUGGCACUCGAGAUAGUAGUUAACGAUUGCAAUGACCAUGCACCGGAAAUAAAACUGCAAGGUGCUGUCAGCAAUGCUGCAGGCUCUGCAAAGGCAGGUAUUGAUGAAUUGACUGUGAUGGAGACUGCACCGCCAGGUACUUCUCUGGUCUUCUUCAGUGCUACCGACCGCGAUCAAGGAGACGCGGGCGUCUCUCAGUGUCAUUUGCUUAAUUGGACUGAAUAUUUUCGGAUUUACAAUUUCUCUGACUUCUUUAGUUUGGAAACAACCAAGGAGUUGGAUCGUGAACUUCAAUCACAAUAUCUCUUAACCAUUGAGUGUUUCGAUAAUGGCAAUCCGCGUCAAUACAGUCAGAAAAGGCUUAGAGUCAUACUUUUGGAUGUAAAUGAUGCAGCACCAACUUUUCAACAUGCAUUUUAUUCUUUUCAUGUGCUAGAAAAUAGUUCUCCUAAAACCAAACUGAUUCCUGUCAGUGACAGCUACAUUAAUCCAGUUGUUGCAUUUGACAGGGAUAUAAAUUCAACAAUAACCUACCAUCUGGAACCGAUUUCAACUGUCGAUUCGGAUCAAAGAAACAUGUUCGACUAUCAGUUAUUUGAUGUGGACACAAACUCUGGAACACUCUACACAAAGAGCAAAUUGGAUAGGGAACAGAGAGCAAAUCACAAAUUUAAUCUCUGCGCUAACGACGGGAUACAUAAGGCAUGCACAAGCAUAAUUGUUCAUUUGGAUGAUGUGAACGAUAAUCCCCCAUUAUUCGACAAGGAAACGUACAUAAUUCGACUGGUAGAAAACACACAAUUUUACGAGCCUCUUAUCACUUUUCACGUAACGGACAUGGACAUUGGGAAUCAGGGCUUCUCUAUUAUAAUCGAGGCACCACAACUUACGGGCAACGCAUCAGAUAUGGGGAAUGCUACAGACGAUUUGGAGCACUUCUUUUCUAUUCGUGACAAUAAGUUGUUUUUGCGCCAACCUCUCGAUAGAGAAGCAAAAUCCCACUAUCACUUUUUUGUUAGAGUUACAGAUUUGCAAAAUUUUGGUCCAGAGCGUUCUCAAGAAGGUCUUUCAAGCACAGCAGAAGUUUUUGUUGAAGUUUGUGACACUAAUGACAAUGCUCCAGUUUUUGUAUUCCCCAAUACCAGUGCUGCAAAUGAAGGUGGCAAUCAGUUGAAUGUCUCCUGCCGCGAAACGAUGGGCAGUUCCGUUGGUCGCGUUGUAGCUGUUGAUUUGGACCUUGAACAGAACGGUACUGUAGUAUACUCGGUUAUUCAAGGUCCAGUGUCAAAUGAGCUCUUCUAUCUUGACAAGCAGUCGGGUGAACUCUUUGUGAAUUCGGGAAGGCUUAGUGAAAACUGUGACUCAGUUUUCCUUCUGGUCAUCUCUGCUGAUGAUAUGGGGCCGCCAAGUAGUAAAAUGGGUCGUCCCAUUCCAGUUGAGAGGUUGCUUAUAAGACUGAAAGACCAGCCCACCCUAGCGGAAUAUAUGUCUCUGAACUCUCAACAACCGACUACCACGAAAGGACGUAGUGAUUCCAGGGGUGACAAAAAAUACUUCGGCCUGCCCGCUAAAACAAUGCUAAGUGUUGUGCUAGGAGGAUGCAUUGUCUUCCUUACUGGACUCUUUUUGGCAUGGCUGAUUCUAACUCUUAUCAGUCGGUCUAAGCGGAGACGACGAGAAAGAAGAGAGGAGACUCCAUGUCAGCCAAUUGCUUCACACUGCUGCGAAGCGCGGACGCUCUUAUCGGAUGGUAAACAUGAAGUAUUUAUCCACCCGACAGGCACUUUUCCCCAUGGAUUAGGUCCUAAUGGAAACAGGCAAUUUAUACAGUGCACUCUGGGCGAAAAGGAUGAAGGCCUGGGACUCCGAGAACUGAACACAGAUGAGUCAAUGUCUUCUAGAGCCAGUCCCUAUGGUCAGAGCGCUAGUGUGGACACAAGUCAGCCCUUGAAUACUGGUGGACUUAUUUCCCGUAUCUCAUCUACCAAUAUAGGCAGUCAAAUAAGUCGGUCGUCGCCCAUGAAUUUCAAAACAGCAGUAAAUUUAAAUGCUGUUGAGCAGGCGGGGUGGAAUAAGAUGGCGGGAACCAAUACUGCAGCAAACUUGUCUGAGGAGGAAAACAACUUCGUAGUAGUGCCUGGUGAUGCUGUACACGUCUCAGCUUCAGCUUGUAGUAGUGACUCUGCACGUUAUCUCCUGUUUCCGGCGCUCUCAACACCUUCAACAGCGGUGAUCAGUAUGGCAAGCACAUUGCACAACGACGCUGCGGCCCGCUCUCUCCUAAGACCCUCUUCAAACAUGGGUGCCCAUUCAUCUGAUCCUCGACGCAGGUCCCAGUGCGCCUGUGAGGAGAACAAAGAAAAGGUCUACCGAAGUAGGGUAGUUAACAGAUCCUUUCAUCCAUUUCUUACCCCUCCACCCAAGCGCAAGACUUUGAAGCCAGGGGAAACAGAUGAAGUUUUGGAAAAUGUGCACAUAAUGUGUGCCGACAAUCAGUACACACCUCUUGCCGAAUCAUCCGCAUCUUCCCAAGUGCCAUGUGAAAAUCAGUAUCUAAUUAUUACAAGGAGAGGAGCUGAGACUGCUCCAGUCUACAACGCGAUUGGUAGACCAGUGCUUCGUGGAUCCUCCCUCCCACGCAGCUUGCCUGGAUGUUCGUGGUCGUUGGAGCAGGUGGGUGAGAAGCAGACGGUGCUUGACCACAUCGAUGAGGUCAGCGGUGUGUUUUUGGUUCCCACUGUGUCUUCGCCUUCUCACUCACCCAAUUCAGGGAUGAAUAACAGCGUGAGGUCCGCUCUGCAUCCCAAAUCUUUACACCGGUUUGAGGAAGUCAACCCUUCUGUUGCUCCAGCAACACCUCACCUCCGAGCAGACUAUGUAUCGCUUGAAGACCUUUUUAGUUCCUGUGUGUAA